UUCACUAUCAUGAAGGUAGAUAUAAAUCUAAUCUCUGCCUGAUUACGACUAAGCAGCAUAGCUUUUAAACCAUUUCUUCUUGGCGGCUUACUGACAGUUUGAAUAACAUAUAUAAAUAAAUGUAACUGUAUUGAUUAACAUCAGAAAGGAAAUCUCUCUUAAUGUCAUAUGUGCAUACAUAUUCGUGUAUUGAAAACGCUGAAGCAAUUUUUCAUAUUGGUGUUAACAGAUGUUAGUAAGAGAUCAGUUUUCGUCUGCCAUAAAAUAACCUCAUUCGCUUUUAAAAAAUAACAGGUUCGAACAAUGUCAGAAGUUCAAGAAACAGUAUCAGAAGCAACAGAAGCAACUGUAGAACAAGAUGCUGUAUCUGAGGAAGAUAAACAAUAUUUGACUGAUUAUAUAAAAGAAACAGAACAGCGACUAAAUGCAAAAGAAGAACUUCGAGCAGCCAAUUUAAAUCCUAAUAGACCACCAGAAACAUAUUUCAGCAAAUUAGAUUCAACGUUGAAAAGAAAUACUACGUUUGUUAAGAAAUUAAAAAAUUUUAGUAGUACACAAUUAGAUACAGUUCUAAAGGAUAUGACACAUUUAAAUUUGACAAAAUAUGUAAGUGAAGUUGCUACUGCUUUGGUGGAUGCUAAAUUAAAAAUGACCGAUGUUGCACCUGCUAUUAAGGUAUGCAGCUUCUUGCAUCAAACAUACGCAGAAUUUUCAACUCACUUUUUUGAGAAUUGGCAAAGAAUUUUAUCUCUAAAGGUUGUAGACAAAAUUGCAAAUCCAAGCAAACUUAGAGUAGAUCUUCGAUUUUAUGCUGAACUGGUUAAUGCAGGGAUUUUCACUCAUAAGCAAGGGUUACCUCUGCUUGGUUCUGCAUUAACGGUUUUAAUUAAUAUGGAUAAAGAAGAACAUAACAAUGCAAGCAUCAUAUUAAGCUUCUGCAAACAUUGUGGUGAAGAUUAUGCAGGUCUUGUAUCUAAAAAAGUAAGGGAAAUAUCCGAAAAGUUGAAUAUAACUGUACCCAAAAGCAAAUUACUUUCUCCUGAUAAGCAACAAAAUGUGAGAUUAUUGUUACGAGAUUACUACAAUUCAUUAUGUAAACAUUUAUUAAAAGAACAUAAGGAUCUUCAAGCUUUUGAGAAACAAAAUCGAAAGAUUUUACAAACCAGAGGCGAGCUAAGCUCUGAAAGAAAAGAAAAACUUGAGAGUCUUCAAGUAUCCUAUGAUCGUUUACUUAAUAAUGUGCAAAGCUUUUCUGAUACUUUAGACGAACCUAUGCCAGAACUUCCUGUAAAUAGUGAGAUGAAAGCAGAAGCAGAAGAAUCAUUGAAAAUGAUUAGCGAAGGAGAAGAAAAUAGUAUUUUAGAGGAUAUGUGGGGAGAUGAAGAAACCAGACGAUUUUAUGAAGUUUUGCCAGACUUAACAGUAUUCCUUCCAGGAUCAUAUUUGAAAGAAGUACCUAAACAAGAUGCUCCAAUAAGCGAAGAAGCUUUAGAUGAGGAAAUAACAUUUGACGAACUAGAAGAAACUGAAAAAGUAGAUGAACCUGAGGCAGAAGUGGAAGAGCCACAAGUUUCGAAUAUAAGUAAUAAAAUACUUCUAGAUGCAUUUAUAACGCAUUUACCAAAUUGCGUAAAUCGUGAAUUAAUUGACAAUGCCGCAGUACACUUUUUAAUGAACCUCAACACGAAACAUAACAAGAAAAAGCUAGUGAAAGCAUUGUUUGGUGUUUCUAGAAUUCGUUUAGAUCUACUACCGUUUUAUUCACGAUUGGCAGCUAUUCUUUAUCCUGUUAUGCCUGAUGUUGGCAAUGAUUUAUGUUCAAUGUUAAAGCAUGACUUUAAAUAUCAUGUACGAAAAAAGGAUCAGAUUAAUAUAGAAUCAAAAGUAAAAGUUGUUAGAUACAUUGGUGAACUUGUUAAAUUUAAACUUUAUUCAAAGAUAGAAGCAUUAUAUUGCUUGAAAGUUUUGCUACAUGACUUUACACAUCAUCAUAUUGAAAUGGCUUGUAAUUUGUUGGAAACAUGUGGAAGAUACUUAUUUUGUUCACCAGACUCACAUCAAAGGACAAAAGUAUAUUUAGAACAAAUGAUGCGUAAGAAGGCCGUCACUGCAUUAGAUUCACGUUAUGUAACAAUAAUUGAAAAUGCGUAUUAUUAUGUAAAUCCACCAGAAUCUACUGGGGGUGUAUCAAAGAAAGAUAGACCACCUAUCCAUGAAUUUAUAAGGAAGUUGUUAUACCAAGAUCUCUCAAAAACAAAUACAGAUAAAGUUCUCAAAUGGAUGCGUAAACUAGAUUGGGAAGAUGAAAGUGUAUCAUCCUACGCUAUUAAAUGCCUCACUGCUGCAUACAAUGUUAAAUAUUUGAACAUUCGAUGUGUAGGAAGUUUAUUAGCUGGACUUGUUGCACAUUACGAAACUAUAGGUCCUCACGUAGUAGAUGGUGUGUUGGAAGACAUAAGACUAUGCAUGGAAAUUAAUUUACCAAAAUUUAAUCAACGGCGUAUUGCUAUGGUUAAAUAUCUUGGAGAAUUGUAUAACUAUCGCAUGGUAGAAAGUGGAGAUAUUUUCCGAACUUUGUAUCUUUUGAUUACAUUUGGAGUCAGUAUGGAUCACUCCAUACCAAGUAUUUUAGAUCCAUCUGACCACCUUUUUAGAAUUCGAUUAGUCUGUACACUAUUGGAAACUUGUGGACAGUACUUUAGUGGUGGUUCUAGCAAGAAGAAACUCGAUUACUUCCUAAUAUUUUUCCAAAAUUAUUAUUGGUUCAAAUAUACAGAUCCUAUUUGGACUCCAGAAAAUCCAUUUCCAGUGGGCAUAGAUUAUAUGUAUCGUGAUACAUUAACAAUGUUGAGACCAAAAAUGCAAUUGUUUCAAAGUUAUAAAGAAGCACAGUGUGCUGUGGAAGAAUUGCGAAAUACAUUGUAUCCCACUCUUGGAAAUCCUAUUGCAGAGGAUGGUAUUGAACGUACUGAUGCAGAACCUGAUAUGGGUGUAAUUGCUGAAGGAGAUGAAGAUAUAGCUGUAACAUCUGGAAAUGGUAGUGGAGAUGCAAAAGGUGUGGCUGAUUUGCAUUUUGAAGAAUCUGAAGAUUGUUCUGAAGCACAAUCAGAAGAAGAUUGGACUGCUGAUGCAGAAAGAGAUUACACUAUGGGUACACAAGAAAAUACCCAAGGAGAUCAAAGUCUUUCAGAAGGUGGUACUGAUGGUGUUAUUAUGGAUGUUACAGAAUUAAAUGCAGCAUUACCAGCUGGUCCUAGAAGAGUAAGUUGUCCUGAAGAUGAUGACUUUUUGUCUGCUCUUGAUAAGAUGGUUUCAGAUAAUAUACAAGAUAGAAUGCGAGAUUCAGUGAAACCGCAACAAGUGGAUAUUUCAGUUCCUUUGCAUGUAAAAAGUACUAAAAAAACAUACGAACAACUGCAAGAAAGACCUUCUGAUAAUAGUACAGUCGAUUUCGUACUUAUGUUAAGGAAAGGUAACAAGCAACAAUACAAGAAUUUAGCAGUUCCUGUGUCAUCAGAAUUAGCAAUGAAUCUUCGAAAUAGAGAACAGGAACAGAAAGAAGAGAAAGAACGAGUUAAAAGAUUGACACUGAAUAUUACAGAAAGACAAGAAGAAGAAGAUUAUCAAGAAACAAUUAACCAGAGUACCAGGCCAGUGACAGUAAAUUUAAAUAGAGAGCGACGACAAAAAUAUAAUCAUCCUAAAGGUGCACCAGAUGCAGAUCUUAUAUUUGGUCCCAAAAAAAUACGGUAGAUGUAUUUUAAUAUUGUUGGAAAUCAAUACUUGUUGUGUUAGAGGAAAACAAGGAAUCUAACAUACGAACUAUUUGAUGUUCAUGUUCUUGUGUAGGUUUUACAAUAAAUUCAUGAUACUUUAUUUUUUUUUGAAAUACAUUUCCAUAUGUAGUUUAUAUGAAUUCUCAAUCAGUGUAAAAACAUAUUUUAUAUUAAAAAUGCAGAAAUGUGUCAUAUAUGUCAAUAUGUAUUUGCAUAUAUUCAUAUGGAAAAAAAAGCUCUAUUGUAUUUGAAUAAGGUGUCUUUUCUCUGUUACUUCCACAUUAUAAAUAUACAAAAUUAUCAAUAAAAAAUCAAUUUGGCUAAUACUCAACAUCAGGAUUGUUUAUUGUAAAAAUUUUAAUUGCAGAAUUUACAUAUUGACAUAACAUAAUAAGUCGUAUUAAUAAAUUAUACUUCGAUAUUUUUAAUAAUUUAAUUAGACUUUUAUUAACAAUAAAAAAGAUACAAUACGUUUAAAACUAAUCACGUUAUUCGUCAAAAUGGAUAAACUUUUAUAAAUAUUAGUAUACCUUUCGGAUAUUUUGAAAAAAUGUUAUUAUAUUAAGCUUCAUUUUUAUUGUAUAAAUAAAUGUAAAA